CUCGGCAGUUCUUCCUCUAGCGACGGGAGCUGCAGCAUCCUCCUCCUCCUCCUGAAGAUGCUGGCGCUGAGGUCCAUCGGCAGCUGCCUGCCGUUAUUCGUCAUGGCGAUCGUCUUCGACAUCCUCGGUGUGAUUCUGCUGUUCGUCGGGAUUUUCGGUAACGUGCAGAUGCACGGCGUGUUUUACGGGGAUUUCCUCAUCCACACCGGCGCGCUGGUCCUGUUCGCCAGCCUGGCCUUGUGGAUCAUGUGGUAUGUGGGGAACAUCAGGGUGAAGGAUGAAGGUUUGGCGCGCAGCCCGAGCGCCGCAGACAGCGUCAAAAAACUCGCGAGGAAGCUCACGGAGAGACUUUCCAAAACACACCUGAAGGACAACACCGGUGAGAGAACAGGAAGCAAAGCUUCCACCCUUCGAAACGUAACUUGGGGGAAAUCCACCUUUUUCCCAGGACACAAAGAUCCCGAGUCGGAUUUGAUCAAAUGUGAUGAACUAUCCAAAGAAAAGUCAGACGAUGAUCAGUUCAUGUGCUACCAGAACCAAGGGUACGAGGACGAGGAGUCCUGCAAACCGAUUCCAGAGGAGACAGAAGACCAGAGCCGGUCAGAAGACGGUCCUGAAGCAGACGCUGAUCAAGCUCAGGAGGAGACGCCAGACGAUCAGCCAGAGAGCAUUGAUGUUCGGCUCUGAGAAGAGGUCCUAAUACAAUGACUGAAUAGCCAAGAACCUUCAAUGGUCUUCAAACUUUUGCCAUCAUUUAGAGAAACUGCGUGCAAUUGAAAUGGUACAAUAUUACUUUAGUAAAACUGCUUAAAUGUAGUGAAACACAACCGUCUGUUGUGUUUAUAUGGGGGUUGAAGUUUCUCAAUGGCUUGAUAUCUAUAAAGCAGGGUGGAUGAUAUAACACUGUAAUACAUUUAAUGCACACCAAACUGGUGAAAUGAACUCUACUUGCAAAAAAAUCAUUAGAAGAAUUUAUAAUGCUUCAACAUCACCAGCCGAAUGUUGAUCAUCUCAAAAUGGCCAAAAUACUGUCUGAUGUAUAGACAUUCAUUGUGUGUCAUUGUGUCCACUUGUGUUUUGUUUUGUUAUCAUUGAUAUUCUCUGUUGGUGUAAAGAGCUACCCGGGUACAGCCCUUGUUUUUUUGCACAUCCUCAUUUGUGAAUUCACGCACCACCUCAUGCAUUGUAUGAAUGCAUUUCCCUUUCAAAGUGAAAGCUGAGAGUUCAUGCAAACUCCUCCAGAGUCAAGCCAUUUCAUUUGUUACACUCAGUGAUGUCACCAGCGACCGAACCAGUCCCAAAGCAAACACAGAGGACUGAGAGUUUAAACAUGGGACCUGUGGCUUCAUCUUGGUACACAAGCGAACAUUUAAAAACUUUACAUAUGUGUAUGUAUAUAUAUAUAUUUCAAAAUAUACAAACAGGGUCAAAAUGUUUUCUAAAAUGUUUUAAAACUAAUGUAAAUAACUUUUCUACCAAUAU